GCAGCGCUGAGUGCAGCCUGCCUUGCCAGGGUCGGUCUGAAGCUCAAGAAACGACAAGGAGAAGCGAACAUCUGGCCGAACAUCAUGAAAGGACAGCGGAGCUUCUAGCGACGAAGACGACGACACCGGAGGGGGAAUAAAUGUUAUGAAGGAAGAAUGGAGUUCCCAGACCAUAGCCGCCAGUUGCUGCAGUGUCUGAGUCAGCAGCGUCACCAAGGUUUCCUCUGUGACUGCACUGUUCUUGUCGGGGAGGCUCGAUUCAAAGCGCACAGAGCCGUGCUGGCCUCCUGCAGCAUGUACUUCCAUCUCUUCUACAGGGACCAGCUGGACAAAAGGGACGUUGUGCUUCUCAACAGUGACAUUGUGACAGCCCCGGCUUUCAGUCUGCUCCUUGAAUUUAUGUAUGAGGGGAAGUUGGAAUUCAGCACUCUCCCGGUGGAGGAUGUCCUGGCAGCAGCCAGUUACCUCCACAUGUAUGAUAUAGUGAAAGUGUGCAAAGGCAAGCUGAAAGAUAAGGAACUCUCUUCUCUGGAUGAAAAAAUGAGCGAGGGUUUGGGACUCAGCUGUCUGGACAGGGAGAACUCCUCAGAUGGUGAGCUGCACAGUAAGCAGCUCAUCCGGCGACAGCCCCAGACACAGUCUCAGGGGCUUCACAGGCCCCCCCUUGCAGAAGAGUUUGACACGGACAACAGUGAAGUCAGACUGGCUGUCACAGAUUGUGAUAGGUCUACGCAGAGCAGGCAGAAGGCAAACGGUCACUCUGGCAGGUCCCCGGACCUUGUAGGUGUCAAUUAUGUGUCAGCGGAGGCCGAGCCCUGCGUCCAAACAGCUGGAAAAACAAAAGCUGAUGUCAGUAGUUCCACCGUAUCGCUGUCCCAGAGGUCCCGGGCUUCAGAUGACAUGGACUGUGCACUGGAUUUGUCUUUCAAGCCUCUGUCUAGCAGAGAUCCCUUACACCCCUCCUACGUCUCGGGACAGCUGGCCCUCGACAGCCAGCAGCAGGGCACUGAGCCACUUGUUAAAGACGAACACGACUUGCUGUCAGAGCAGGAGGACAGUGAGCCGAUGAGCCCUGAGAGCCAGCGCUUUGGGAAUAGUGCCAGGAGCUCGGUGGUGACAGGGUUCGCUGCCCUCUUCCCAGGCAACAACGGCUCCACGGCCGCCCUGCUCUCCCAGGAGGAGGACCUGAUGGACGAGGAGGGGGAGGCCUGCAGAGGGAGGGAGGGCACCCCGGGCAGGGAGCUUGAUGAGAGGAGGGGGAGGCUGCUGGGGGACAGUGAGGAGGAGGAGGAGGAUGACUUGGCCUCUUCAGACAUCUCCACCUCCAGUGGGGUGCUCCUGCCCCCGGGCCAACAGGUGUGCGUAUGCCCCCUCUGCAGCAAAGUCUUCCCCAGCCCCCACGUGCUGCAACUGCACCUCAGCUCGCACUUCCGUGAGAAGGACGGUGCCCGCUCCAAGCUGUCCCCGGACGGCUCGGUCCCCACCUGCAUGCAGUGCAACAAGACCUUCUCCUGCAUGUACACACUUAAACGCCAUGAGCGCACGCACUCUGGUGAAAAGCCAUACACCUGUGGCCAGUGUGGCAAAAGCUUCCAAUACUCUCAUAACUUGAGUCGGCACGCUGUAGUUCACACACGUGAGAAGCCUCAUGCUUGUAAGUGGUGCGAAAGGCGCUUCACCCAAUCUGGGGACCUGUAUCGCCACAUCAGGAAGUUUCACUGUGGCCUUGUUAAGACUCUCGCCAUUGGAUAAAACGCCUCUCUCUAGUGCCACAACACAAGACAGAAUGUCUUUUCAUGUACUGAAUUCUACUACUGAGCAGUUUCCUAUUUGGACACACAGUUUCAGUUUGUUGGAGACAUAUCAUUAGGAUUCUACCCUUUGUGGCAAUUAUCAAGUGAAAGAUGUAGCAACUGUAAAACUGGAGCUGUGCAUAAAAGUGGUCACAGGUUGUUAGGAUUUACAUGGCUGCUGUGAAACUCAUGCUGGAUCUGUGUCAACGAAAGUGAACAAAUCAGAUGAUGCACUUGUUUGUUUCUAUCUUGUGUCAGUCUGUUGAGUUUAUAUAAGGAGUGUAUUUGCUAAAAAAGCAUCCUAUGUUCAAACCCUAUGGGGCAGAAAGCUGAUAGCUAAUGCUAACAUAUGUUAAUACAAUCUUCAGAAUAAGUGAGACUUUUAUUUGUGCACAUGGGAGAUCAGAACCGUCCGCAAGUAACGAUAUAUGAUUUUUUAACUCCUAUAUUAUUAUUAAUAUUAUUAUUUAUUUUUGGAGGUUUGUUUAGUCCUUAACAAGUAAACUGUCAUAAGGCAGCAAAACUAAUGAAGUUUGACUACUGGAAGUAUCUUUUCUUUCAUGAAAGUAGAAGUUUUUUGGUUGAAAUGAAGUUUAUGAUGAGAGACAAGCAGACCAUCACAUCACCACAUUUCUUCUUGCCUUGGGGGAUGUGUUGUUAGCUCUUUAGUUGCUAAUGUUAUAGUGAGCACAUGUUGACAGAAUGGCCUUGUAAUUGCUACUUUAAAAGACGUCUAAUCAGAGGAGGGGUGGAAAGUGGUUAAGAGCUAAUGCCUGUAACACUGGUGCCUACUGAAAUUCUUGACACUUAACUCAGUGUGCUUACCAACAAGAAUGAGAAUUAUUGCCAUGCCUUCUGGUCAAAAUCAGUUAGUUUUCAGACCUUAUUUAAAAAGAAUGAACAUCAAAAGAGUGCCCUUAAAAAAGUUUUGAGAAUGUGGUAAAAAUAAGCUUCUUCUUGUAAAUGAUCUUGUAUGAUUUAGAGGGUGCACUGACACGGUAUUUAGGGCAAAUUCUCAGCAGGCAGGGCAGGAGAGACGGGUUGCAAUGUUUGUGCAUCAAAGCUGCACUCCUCAUGCCAUUCAGAUAAACCUACUGACCUUUCUUUCUUUGAAUUAACUUCCCAUUAUCAUAUCUUUCUGUAUGUGUUACUACUGAUGAAGCUGGAGCCUUCAGUGAUGCUCUCUUUGCGAGAAUCUUACAGCAGGAUGUAUGCAAAAUUCUUCACAAGGGCGUAGCACUGAAAGUUCAUGAUGUUUUUUUGUCUCAUCUGUCCUGAGAAGACUUGAUCAGAUUUAUUUAUUAGUUUUACUUGGUUCAGGGUUUACUGUUGGCGUAGUUUUUAUUUCCAUAAGCUUGAAAGACAUCACGUCUUGCCUAGCGAUUAGGGUACUCAUUAACUGGUAUUGGGGCUCAUUUUUUCUGUGCAAAUCAAGUUACUGUAAUUGUAUUUUAAUAUACAGUGUAGAAAACUGUUCAAGAUUUGCCACAUGGAUAAUAGAGAAGCACUUGGUUUAUUUUAGCAUGCAUAUAGUUUCAACACUAUUGCCUAGGCUGCUAUUUCUUACUGUAUGUAUAUUUAUUGUAAAUAUAUAAUCUAUUUAUCAAACUGUUUGUUUUUCCGUGUGAAGGUGGAGAGAGUUAGGCGUCUGCAGUUUCUUAAAAGUGUCACAUCCCUCACAGGGAGUUUGGUUUCUUUUUUCAUGAUCAGGCUCAGAACGAAUCAGAACAUUUAACACAGCUCUGACCGCUGUUCUCCCACAGGAGACAGUUGUUCACAAGCGCAGCCACACUGAUACACCACUGGCUACCUAUAGAAACGAAACAAUACAGGCAUUGUCCUCCCCCUCACCAGAGUCCCAGGUAGUUCUCAAGGGAUCAUUGUGUCUCCCUCUGAGCUGCGGAGAGAAAAGGCAGCGCAGUUUUUUUUGUCUUUGCACUUUUUUUCCUGUAUUGAAUGGAGCCGCUGGAAUGUGAGAAAUGUAUUUAGCAAAAAUGAGAGCAAGGACACUGUAAACAGGUGUAUUGUUUGGAGGCUUCAAAGAACAUACCCCCCCCCCCCCCCCCAUAUCCCAGCAUGCAGAUAAACGCUCCAUUGUUCCUCUACAUGGAGGAGAUGCCAUGGUGAUUUGAUUGCACAUCUAUCGAGAGAAUAUCAGAAUUAUUGGGGGAUUGUUUUCCAAGUGAGGCUAUGACAAUAGAGGUCACAUGUAGGUGCUGUUUACCUGUCCAUUUCAACAUAGACACCCUAAGGUGUUUUUCAGUUAUUUUAACCACCAAUGCUUUUUUUAAGGAUCCAGAAUUCAUUUGCAUUUAUAUGUAUGAUUUUAUUUAGCCCAAGUCAAGAAGGAAUCAAAGCAUUUCUUUCAAAAUAAGUGCAAUCUGUUUCCACCAGGCUUACCUGCAGUCCAUGACGAGGCUCGAGUGAUACAGCUUGUGCAAAUUUCUACAAGAAAUGUGAUUUGGCUCCUUGAUUUCUUGCACAAACACUCAUAAGUGAAAUCACUCCUGCUUGUCAUCAGAACAAUAGAAUCAUUUCAUAUGUGUUCAUUUUGUAUGUUUCAAUCAGAAUACAAGAAUGUAGAUUUUUCAAGGAGCAUUUCUUACGUGGUGCAAAUAAACUGCUUGGUUCUCUAAUGUACAUGUGUACAAAGGUAGAAAAACUAACAAUUUGUGAUUUUUUUUCCUUUUUUAAUGUUUGCAGUCUUUAUUUAUACCUCCAGGAUGAUCACCAAAUGUGCCUUGUUGACACACAGAUAGGUGUUGCAUCUGGAGAAGCCCUUUUUGUAUAACCUAUUACACAUUUUGCCCUCGACUGCGGUGGUUAAGUUAAUUUAUAGCAUUAGUGUUGGCCCACUGACUGUUGUUUUUCUAUCAUAUCAAAUUUAAAAAACAAGACAAACUAAAAGUCUGUUAAUUUUUGCUGCUUUGCAAGAGAUUACAUCCACGUUUUGAGAUUUAUUUUCUGUGAAUACUUUUUUUAAUUUUUUUUGGACAUGUCCAACUGAAGACAAGCAUUUUUGUGAUUUUAGUAGCUGAUACUACUGGGAACUAACAGCUCCUUAAGUUUAUGUCACUGUUGAAUGUGAAACACUGAGAUUUUGAUUGUUGAAUGGAAACAGUGCUACUCUCGAUGGAGGGCUAUGUUCAUGCUGUAUGAUCUCUAAGUCUAAAAAUGACUUUUCCUGAUACUGGAAUUUUGUCCUCUGCAGGUUACAACUGUGAAAUUGUGUAUAAUCAUGAGAAAUAUUUAUUAUUGCAUUUGCUUCUUGUGCAACAUUUGACUGUCUCAGUUUUAAUUUGGGUAAAAAAAAACAAGCUUCUUAAUGUCAAAUGAAAAAUCUUUUUAAUAGAAUUUGUAGAAGUGCCAUUAGAAUUUAAUAUAAUUUUUUAAUAAGAAAAGGUAUAUUUUAUAGUAAUCACUUGCUUCAGUGUUAGCGGGGUAGAGAUUAGAGGACAAUCUUUAUGCAGAAUUGACAUUGCUUAGAUACAGAGGCAAUUUAAGUUGAUCGAUAACUGUAGGUGCAUUUUCUUUGUUUGCGCUUCUGGAGUGUGCCUGUGUGUGUGUGCUGUGGAAAUGUGACAAUCUUGAUUUAGGUCUUUCUUAAGAUUAUGCAUAGAAUUAAAUGGAACAACUUUCA